AUGCUGGCAAUCCUUGAUAGAACCAAAACAUCAAGAGAAUUUCCUUCUUCCUCUCUCGAGUUCUCAGAAAGUCUGCCCUCUCUUCAAGAAUCCGCUCCAGAGGUUGCCAAAUCUUUGUACGAGGAAAAUCUGUCAAAAUGCCGAUUUGCGGCUCAGGAGAACGUUGCGGAGAUUCCUCGCUUCCUCAAAAAGGAAAUCGCUGAAGGCUUGAUUCUAGGCAAUGGCGGAUUUGCCACGGUGUAUAGCGUCAAAGGUUUCUCACUGACAAGUGAAGAAGGAAAGGAAGUCAAAAACUCAGCUGGACUUGAUGACAGCGUCGACAACGAAGAAAUUGAAUCCAGGAAUUUCAUCGCCAGGCACUGUCAUCGAAACAAUGGAGAUGCUAGAUACGCCAUCAAAAGGCUAGCCAAGACAACGGUCGGAGAUGUUCAUAAAUUUCUUCAUGGAAUGACGGAUUUGGCCAACGAGACACUGUUCUUAAGUUCGAUUCAACACCCAAACAUUAUCAAGCUACGAGGGAUUUCAAUGGAAGAAUUGUUCAGUGAAAAUUAUUUCCUCAUACUUGAUCGUCUGUAUGAUACGCUAGCAGUUCGUCUAGUAAAGUGGAGGACUAAACAAAAAAAGCAUCGUGGCUUGGUUCGAAUUCUAAGACGAAAGGAUAAGUCCAAGAGGAAGAAGUUGCUGGCGACGAGACUGAACUUUGCUUCAGACCUAGCGUCCGCUGUGGCCUAUCUUCAUAGUCAUCGCAUCAUUCAUAGAGACGUAAAACCGACAAAUAUAGGCUUUGACGUGAGGGGCGAUAUCAAAAUAUUCGACUUCGGAUUGGCAAGGGAAAUACCUUUUGAAUUGAAGGGGACAGACACUGCGUUCAAACUCACAGCUAUGGCAGGAACACCACGAUAUAUGAGUCCCGAAGUUGCUCUGGGACAAAAGUACAACGAAACCUGUGAUGUUUACAGUUUUGGACUGUUGCUAUGGGAAUUUAUUACGUUGCGACGGCCUUAUUCUAACCAACAAAGCAUAGAAGAUUUCCAAGAGAAUGUCUGGAGCACGAACGGGAGGGAAGUGCGUCCUGAAAUUCCGAAAAAACUGUCCCCAAAUCUGAAGCAACUUCUUCACCUUGCAUGGGGCCGAGACUUGGUCCGUCGUCCGAGCGCCAACAAUUUCGAAAAUGCUCUGCGGUUUGAAGCUUCUUUGGUCCGAGAUGAUCGUGCUCUGAAUGAUGUCGAAGAGAGUCUAGGGCCGCAGAGAAGACGGUCGACAUUCUUGUUGAUUCCAGGAGAGGGUGAAGCGAUCAAUCGGGAAUCCCCGACAGUCAUGGCAUUAUCUGAGAUCGGCGAGACAGAUAGUGACAUCUUCCAUGCGGUUGGAGCCUCUCGCAAUAGCAUCUUUGUGUCAACUGAAGACAUUUUUCACACAUCCACACGAUCGGAAAAUGCUGUUUUGUCGUCACCUCGCCUGAGCAAAACCCAGAGUGAAUUUGGUGCUACAAGGGAUUGUCAAAUGAGCUUAUCCGAACGGGGUAUUCCAGAUUCUUUUCCGCCGCCCCUGUCCGGUUUUCGUCGAGAGGUAUCAGGAGAAUCGACUAACAGUAUUGAUUCCCUAGAUUUGUGA